GUGUGUGUGUGUGAGAGAGCCUGAGGGGGCGGAGCCAGCGUGUCUCGUGCUCGGUUAGUUAGCGGAGCUCGCGGGCAGCAGGCAGAGGGAUGGUCUCGCGCUCGGCGGGCAGCAUCAGGUCAUGUUGUCCGCGCGGCUGGAGACCUGCCCGCGUGUCACCUUCAGCGGCGGAGCGGGAACUGCGGCGACUCGAAGACCCGAGGUCGGGAUGGGCGGGGAGACGUGUCCUCACAAGCUGGGAUCGACCAAUCACCUUCGACUUCUGCUCUACAUCCUGAUCCCCACCGUGAGCCUGCUGGCCGGCCUGCUGCUGCUCGCCCUCACCCUGACCGGUAUAUUCGGCAGCAGCCUCCUGGACUCCAGCCCCCUCCCCUCCCCCGAGCCCGUUGCAGACAGCGACCCCAGUUACCAUAGCAACAGCACAAACCCCUCCUCCUUCUUUGAGAUGGUAAACGUCACGGUCGCGCCACAAAACCGUGUCCACCGCGAUGACCACAAGGAUGAUGACGUCACAUCCGGCCAUGACCACAGCACACCUGCUGCCACCACCAGCACUUCUCCAGCCUCCUCUCAGGCUCCGCCCACCCAGCCAUACACAAGCACGCCUCCUGAUUGGCUGACUUCUGUGGCGUCACUGAGCACCGCCUGGCCGAUCGGCACCACCGCAGCACCCGACUCAGGCAGCUGUCAGCUGAUCGCGGAGCCUCAGUGUCACAUGUUGCCCUACAACCAAACAUGGCUGUCCUCCUCGGUCGCCGUGGUGAAGAGCUCCGAGGUCGACAUGUUGCUAAGGUUCUUCAGCUACCUCAGCAGACUGUCCUGCUACAGACACAUCAUGCUGUUCGGCUGCUCGCUGGCACUGCCCGAGUGUGUCGCUGCUGACGGGACGCACAGCAGGCGCGUCGUGCUGCCCUGCGCGUCGUUCUGCGAGGCGGCGAGGGAAGGCUGCGAGCCUGUCCUGCAGAUGUUCAACGCCUCCUGGCCUGAGUUCCUGCGCUGCUCGCAGUUCAGCAACACGACCACCGCCACUCUGCCGGCGCCAUCAUCGUCAUCACCCACGGCAACCGCAAGCCCUGCCCCUUACACCUGUUACACGCCACGACAGGUCAAAGGGAAACUCUCUGUGUGCGGCGGGAAGGACCACUUCCUGUGCAUGACAGGGAUUUGUGUCCCUCAGAAACUGGUUUGUAACGGAUACAACGACUGUGACGACUGGAGCGAUGAGACACACUGCGUGUGUUCAGACGGGAAGUUUCGGUGUAACACUGGUCGUUGUCUGUCUCCCUCUCUGGUGUGUGACGGUUACGACGACUGUGGAGACCUGAGCGACGAACACAACUGUGUGUGUGAUCUGGCUCGUGAACAUCGCUGUGGUGACGGUCGCUGUGUGUCCAGAGACUGGCUGUGUGACGGAGACCACGACUGUCUGGACAAGAGUGACGAGCUGAAUUGCUGUGAGUGUCAAACAAGAUCAAACCUUUAUUUAAUUCUUCUCCCUCCAACCUGUCUGUGCUCUCAACGUCCUUCACCCUGCGCCUGUCUCUCACCUGUCCUGCCUGCUCUAACCGCUGUCUGUCCUGCCUCUCACCUGUCUGUCUGCCUGCCUCACAACGUCGGCUUCUUCCUCAAACCUGGGGUCCUACAGCCGGUGGUGUUGCUGCUUCCCGUGUCUGUGCUGUUCCUGGCGGUUCUGGUGGCUGCUCGCUGUGAGCCCAUCAGUCUGGAGCUGUGCAUGAAUCUGCCCUACAACCUGACCAGCUACCCAAACUACCUGGGUCACCUGUCCCAGAGAGAGAGCUCCGUAUCCUGGGAGUCCUCCCUGUUCCCGGCCCUGGUCCAGACCGGCUGCUACCAGUACCUCAUGUUCUACGCCUGCACGUUGCUGGUACCGAAGUGUGACCCGGUGACCCUGCAGAGGGUCCCGCCCUGCAGGUCGCUGUGUCGUAAUGCGAAGGGGAAGUGUGAGUCGGUGUUGGGCAUCGUGGGCUUGCAGUGGCCUGAGGACUCUGACUGUAGUCAGUUUCCAGAGGACGGAGGAAACACCACCUGUCUGCUGCCUGAGGACGGAGUUGAUGAGUGCUCGCCCAGCCACUUCAAGUGUCGGUCAGGACGCUGCGUCCUGGCAACCAAACGCUGUGACGGACACCUGGACUGUGACGACCACAGCGACGAAGACAACUGUAGCUGUUCUGAGCGCGCUCUGUGGGAGUGUCCUGGCAGUAAGGUGUGUAUCAAAGCCAGCAUGAUCUGUGACGGCUUCCCGGACUGCCCCCUGCUGGUGGACGAGACCAACUGCUCCGUGUGCAGGGACAACGAGCUGUCCUGUAACAACCAUCAGUGCGUCCAUCGGACUCUGUGGUGCGACGGGAAGAAGCACUGCUCCGACAGCUCCGACGAGUGGAACUGCGUGUCUCUGUCCGACCGCUCCGGUUCUGUGCUGACGGUGUUCAGGACGGCGGCCGAGUAUCAGGUGUGUGCGGACGAGUGGAACCACGACCUGAGCAAACUAACCUGCGACCAGCUGGGACUAGGAGUUCCCUCUUCCGUUUCCAUGGUAGCUGACCAGCCUGACGUCCCGGGCCGUCGCCGUUGGUUACACGUCCAUCCCGAGUGGAACCAGAGGAAUGGAUCGGCUCUGCAGGCCCGGCUGGAGAAGAGAAGUCAUGCGUGUCACUCCAGAAGAAGAGUGUCUGUGCUCUGUUCCAGAGAAGACUGUGGUCUGCGUCCAUCCGUUGGCGUCCACCCUCACAGGAAGAAGAGGAUUCUGGGAGGCCGUGUGUCCCGGCGGGGGGCGUGGCCUUGGCAGUGCUCGCUGCAGAGCGGUCAGAGCGGUCACGUGUGCGGCUGCGUGCUGAUUGGCCGGCGGUGGGCGUUGACCGUCGCACACUGCUUUGAGGGGAGGGAGAGCGCAGAGCUGUGGAAGGUGGUGCUGGGCCUGAACAACCUGGACCACCCGGGCCCGCACAGCCAGAGCCGUGGGGUGCGCUCCAUCAUCGUACACCCGCGCUACAACCGGGCGGUGGUGGACUACGACAUCAGCGUGGUGCAGCUGGACUCCGAGAUAGAGGAGACGCUGUUCGUCAGGCCCGUCUGUCUGCCCGAGCUCGGACUGCUCCCCUCACCCGACUCCUACUGUUACAUCACAGGCUGGGGUCACAUGGGCAACCGCAUGCCCUUUAAGCUGCAGGAAGGCGAGGUCCGGAUCAUCUCGCUGUCCCAGUGUCAGUCUUACUUCGACAUGAAGACCAUCACUCCCAGGAUGCUUUGCGCCGGCUAUGACGCCGGCACCGUGGACUCGUGCAUGGGCGACAGUGGCGGCCCGCUGGUGUGCGAGGAGGACGGCGGUCGCUGGACGCUGUUCGGCCUCACGUCGUGGGGCAGCGUGUGCUUCAGCAAAGUGCUCGGACCCGGAGUUUACAGCAACGUGACGCACUUCACGCCCUGGAUCCAACAACAGAUCUACAUCCACACAUACCUGACUGACUGACACACACACACAGUUCCUGCUCCAAGCAUUCCAGGAGGAAGUGAUGUCACCCUCACACACACACACCUGCAGUUCCUCUACCUGUGCCUAUAUCUAUACUGACAGCCUUCAGAUGCUAACUGCUAACGAGCAGUGGUAUAAACUAGUAUUACAGAUGCUAACGAGUUAGCGAGUAGAGCUGUUGUUGUUGACACGUAGACGCUCACGUAACACGCCGUUAUUUUUAUUACUGAGCCGUGUUUGUGUGCAAUAACCGACACGCGAACACGCUGAUUAGAAUAUUACAUCGUUAUUAUAUUUCAUUGUUUUUAUUUCAACGUGUAGAUUCGUGGUGACCACGUUCACCUUGUCAGGAAGACACAAAGUGUGUGUGUGUGUGUGUUCUUAUUUCUAAAACAUCCAUCGAUGUUCAGCUUCGAGUUUGUCACAACGUCCAAUCAGGCGUCCGAGCACUGAAUCUUACACCUGAAACACACUGCAUGCGGAACGACACCCCCGUAUGCCAACUCACACAUGAUCCGUUUGUGAUGCGCUCAGGUGCGUCUCCGCCGGACACA